UGCAGGCUGCAUCAGUGUGAUUUUGGCGCUGAGCUGAGGAGCUGGAUCCACCGAGAAUUUAAAAGAAAAAAAGGGCAGAGCGCUUUUGUUAAACCGGAGGAAGAGGGUGCUAGAGAUUAUUAUGAAGAAGAGGACAGGAAGGGGGUUGCGAUCAGAUUGAGGUUUUCGGGUCCUCGCACUGACGAAGAGCCCCGCGUUGGGAUUGGGCAGCGACCAGAUCGAGUCCUCCUCCUCCUCUCUGUGGAGAAUUGCGUUAAAACGAAAAGGCCUGAGCUUUACCAACAUCACAGGAUUAUUAUUAUUAUUUUAUUAUUAUUUUGUACCCCCCUCCUUCUCCUUCUCCUCCUCCUCCUGUAGAUUAAACGAGGAAGCAUUGCUGGCUGGUGUAUGUGUUUAGAAUGGGACACGCUGAAGGUCCAGUCAAAGAAAAAGACAGUUAAGGAUGCAGGAGCCCAACAAUGGAUUUCUCCUUCUCUUUCAUGCAAGGGAUCAUGGGAAAUACAAUUCAGCAACCCCCUCAGCUCAUUGACUCCGCCAACAUCAGACAGGAAGGCACCUGCGACACCGGCAGUGACCCGGGUGAGGAUGGUGGUCCCUCCUACGAUGCAGCCCUGGAUGCAGAGUUUCCGUACCCGCCAUCGGCUUCGGAGGACAUGCCGCAGGUCCCCAAUGGCUACCCGCCGGGUUUGGGCAUAUACGAACCGCAGGCUAAAUUCUCCAUGUACUCGCAGUUCCCCAACGGCUCUGCUAAUGGCUAUGGGGCCAUACGGAGCUACGGGGACCACGGCCUCGUGUCGGUGGAGGGGACCGUCCUGAGAGGUCCCGGUCUCCAGGAAAGACCUCUGUCUCCCGUUUCACCCCCACUGUCCACACAUCACCCACACCUCCACCACCACCAUCAUCAUCAUCCCCAUCACCACCACCAUUCGCUCCACAUCCACUCAAAUCCACCUCAAAUACAAACCCACUCACACCCGCAGAGUCCUCCACCGCCACCCCUGCCCACCCAGCAUCACCUACACCAGACACCUCACAUCAUGACUCACAACCUGCCCCCUCCUCCCCCGUUACACCUGCCUUCGUCCAGUCCUCCCCCCUCACUUGUGGACAACACCCCUUCGUCUCAGCCCACGCACGCCCCAUCCAGUGCUUCUGGUGGGGUCCUGAAGAAAACCAGCUCUCCGGAGAUCAAGCUGAAGAUCAUAAAGACGUAUCAGAACGGCAAAGAGCUGUUCGAGUCUGCGCUGUGCGGAGACCUGCUGCAAGAACUGCAGAAAGAGUCUCAGAAGAACGAGGCCGCUCAGGCGCAGCGCAGACAUGAGAGGAAGAAGGAGAAGAGGAAAAAGAGUGCAAGACUGCUGCUGCAAGCUCAGGAACAGAGCCUGGACACGAGCCAAACACAGCCAGGUACCACAGGCCAGACAGAGGACACCCACGUCCAGCCGCCGCCAAAAGAAGCACCGCCGGUGCAGACAGAGAAGCCUCCGAAGACCGUUAUUAAAACCGAACCAAAGACGCCGAAGGUUCCUAAGGUCCAUCAUCCAUCAGUGAUCCAGGAGACAGGCUUCUGUAAGGAGUUUGUAAUAGGAGAUCUGGUGUGGUCCAAGGUGGGUACCUACCCCUGGUGGCCCUGCAUGGUGUCCUCAGACCCACAGAUGAAGGUCCACACUCGCAUCAACACCAGAGGUCACAGGGAAUAUCACGUCCAGUUCUUUGGCAGUGUCGCAGAGCGAGCGUGGAUCCACGAGAAGAGGAUAGUCAUGUACCAGGGGAAGCAACAGUUUGACGAGCUUCAGUCAGAGACACUUCGCAAAACCACAAACCCUGUAGAGAGACACAAACUAAUGAAGCCUAUCCCUCAGCGGGAACGUUCUCAGUGGGAGGUGGGUGUUGGUCACGCCGAGGAUGCUUUUCUGAUGACGAGACAGGAGCGAAUUGACAACUACACCUUCAUCUAUGUGGACCCAGACCCUACUGAAGCCCCACCCAGCAAGAAACCCAACAUCAGACCUGAGAAACGAAGCCGGCGCUCAAGCAGCUCGAUCAGUAAGAAGGAGGACCGAGAUGUAAAGUCACCAGAUAGAGAGCAGCCUCCGCGACGGCAGCUUCCACGGAGACAGUGUAGUGUUUCAAACACAGAUGACAAUGCAAACUCCCAGGCCUCAAGUGAAGAUAAGAACCAGAGGGGGGACCAACGUAAGACCAGCUCACCGAAACAGAAUGCCAGCUGUGAUGCACGAGCACAGCAGGACUCUCCGCCUCCGGUCAAAACGUGGAAAACGGCAGCUGCCAGGAAGCUCCUGCCUCUUUCUAUCACAAUGAAGAGGCUGAAUGUGGAGAUCACAAAAUGUGACUGGCCUCUUAUCCAGAAAAAAGCAGCUGCCUCCCCAAAGAAGGACAAAGAAGAAGAGAAGAAAGAGAGGGUGGAGAGAGAAGGCAGGCAGCCCGACCUGGGAUACUGCUCACCUGAGGACAGCAGAGCUAAACCUGAGCCCAGUCCAGAGGAGGAGGAAGAUGGGGAUGAAGGAGAGGACGAGGGAGAGGAGAGGAGAGAUUCCCCAGCGAGUCGGAGGAGUGAAGAGGGAGGAUUGCAGCAGACCUCAUCUCCGGGAUCACACCACAGCAGUCCGCAAGGUUCUCAAGAGAGGAAGCUUCAGCGGCGGUGUGUCAGAAGCAGGUCUGAGUCAGAGAGAGGCAACGAUCUCGUCCCUAAGAAGAAAACCAAAAAAGAGCAGGCUGAGAUGGCUCCAGAGACCACGCUGAGGACAGGUUCACAGAAAGGAGCUAGUGAGAUCUCAGAUGCGUGCAAGCCACUGAAGAAGCGAAGCAGAGCAUCAACAGAUGUCGAAAUGGCUUCAUCUCAGUACAGAGACACGUCUGAUUCAGACUCCAGAGGCCUCAACGACCCGCAGGGCUUAUUUGGGAAGAGUCUUGAUAGUCCAGCAGCAGCAGAUGCAGAUGCUUCAGAUACUCAGUCUGUGGACUCUGGCCUGUCCCGUCAGGACAGCAGCACCAGCAAGAGGGACACUGUGUGCCAGAUCUGCGAGGUGUACGGAGAUGGUUUGAUGGUAUGUGAAGGUGACUGCAACAAGCAGUUUCACAUGGAGUGUCUCGGUUUGUCGUCCCCACCUGAAGGAAGAUUUAGCUGCACAGAAUGUAGAACAGGGAACCAUCCUUGUUUUAGCUGUAAAACAGUGGGCAGGGAGGUGACGCGCUGCUCUGUGUCUGGAUGUGGUUGUUACUAUCACGAGGACUGUGUCCGUAAACUCCCGGGAACCACCAGCAACCCAGGUGGAGGUUUCAGCUGCCCUCAGCACAGUUGUUCAACCUGCUGCCUGGAGAGAGACCCACAACGAGCCAGUAAAGGUCGUCUGAUUCGUUGUAUCCGCUGUCCGUUGGCCUAUCACACCAGCGACAGCUGCGUGGCGGCAGGCAGUGUCAUCCUUACUCACCACAUCAUGAUCUGCAGCAACCACGGCAGCGCCAAGAAGAAUGGCCUCCUCACCUCCCCCGUCAACGUGGGAUGGUGCUUCCUGUGUGCCCGAGGGCUGUUAGUGCAAGACCUUACUGACACCAUAUUAAGUUCAUAUGCCUAUAAGUCCCACUACCUUCUGACUGAGUCAAAUCGUGCUGAGUUGAAAUUACCUAUGAUUCCCUCUCCUUCGUCAGCUACCAAAAAGAAUGUUGGGAAAGGAGGCAAGUUGCUGUGCUGCGACUCAUGCCCAGCUUCCUUCCACCCGGAGUGUCUGGAGAUGGAGAUGCCGGAGGGGUCGUGGUCCUGCAGCGAUUGCAGGGCAGGGAAGAAACCUCACUACAAACAAAUUGUCUGGGUCAAACUAGGCAACUACAGGUGGUGGCCUGCAGAGAUCUGCAACCCUCGUCUGGUGCCAUCAAACAUUCAGAGUCUUCGGCACGAUAUUGGUGACUUCCCGGUUUUCUUCUUUGGCUCCCAUGACUACUACUGGAUCAACCAAGGCCGCGUCUUCCCAUACGUGGAGAAUGACAAGAACUUUGUCACAGGACAGAUCAAUAUUAACAAAACCUUCAAGAAAGCUCUGGAAGAAGCAGCCCGGCGCUUUCAGGAGCUUAAGGCGCAGAGGGAGAGCAGGGAGGCUCUAAAACAGGACCGCAAUUCUCGCAAACCACCACCCUACAAGUUCAUCAAGUCCAACAAGCCUGUGGGGAAAGUUCAGGUGCACGUGGCCGACUUGUCAGAAAUUCAGCGAUGCAACUGCAAGCCAGCAGACGAGCAUCCCUGCAGCCUGGAGUCCCAGUGUCUCAACCGCAUGCUGCAGUACGAGUGUCACCCACAGGUGUGCCCUGCAGGAGACAGCUGUGAGAAUCAGUGUUUCUCCAAACGGCUGUAUGCAGAAACAGAAGUGAUAAAGACGGAAGGGUGUGGCUGGGGCCUCAGGACAAACCAGGCACUGAAGAAGGGUGACUUUGUGGCCGAGUAUGUGGGAGAGGUGAUAGACUCAGAAGAGUGCCAGCAGCGAAUCAAACGUGCCCAUGAAAAUCACGUGACCAACUUCUACAUGCUCACCCUCACCAAGGAUCGUGUCAUCGACGCUGGCCCAAAAGGAAACUCGUCUCGGUUUAUUAACCACAGCUGCAGCCCAAACUGCGAAACCCAGAAGUGGACGGUAAACGGCGACGUUCGUAUUGGAAUCUUUGCCCUUUGUGACAUCGAGGCUGGCACAGAGCUGACGUUUAACUACAAUCUGCACUGUGUGGGCAACAGGAGAACGUCGUGUCACUGUGGAUCAGACAACUGCUCUGGAUUUCUUGGGGUCCAGCCAUCGAGUGCUGCAGUGACGGAGAAAGAGGAAAAGGCCAGGAAUGCAAAGAUGAAGCAGAAGAAGCGGAAACUGCGGCCGGAGGGCAAACACACACACGAGUACUUUUGCUUCUGCUGCGGAAAAGGAGGAGAGCUGGUGAUGUGUGACAGGAAGGACUGCCCAAAAGCGUAUCACCUGCUGUGUCUCAACCUCACCAAACCGCCAUACGGGCGGUGGGAAUGCCCGUGGCAUGACUGCAGCGUUUGCAGCAACCCGGCCUCGUCUCUCUGUGACUUCUGCCCUCGCUCCUUCUGCCGGGAUCAUGAGGCGGGGGCGCUCACCACCUCCUCCCUGGACGACCGCCUCUGUUGUUCCAGCCACAACCCGCUCAGUCCCCUGGGGGCCAAAUCCAGCUCCACCCAGCAGCGGCGCUCCGCUCAGAGCCCCGUCAGAGUCAAAGAGGAGCCGGAGUCAGGCCAGCCGGCCACGGAGUGAUAAAACCCUUAAUACCUCAUUCCCUGCAAAGUGUGCUCCAAUCCACCUCUGAUCCUAAGCAGUGCACUACAACAGGGAAUACAGUGCUUUUUUUCUUUUUUUUUUUGACACAUGCGAUGGCCGCAACUCAGAGCUGAGACACGCUGACGAACACCUUGAUGCUGUUUUGUGGCGACAGUAGGAGAAGGACCAGAAAUCAUCAGGCACCGUUUUCCCUCCUGUCUUGCCAUAAAACACCACUACUUACACUCUCUGCAGCUCGCCUGCGCCCACUGGAGGGCCCAGGCCACCACCUCAUUAUGUUGUUUUUAAAUUUUUACUGCUAUUUUUUUUUUCUUUCUUUCUUUUUAAAGCAGUGUAAGCGUCGUCACGUCUCCAGUUCCUGGCACUUUGAAGAACUCACUGAGUGAGGUGGAGGAAGGGGCAGAGAGGAGGAAAAGGAUGUGGGAGCUGAAGCUCUCCAUCACCACCAAGCUGCUCCUCUCCUUGUUUACCUGCUGUAAGCUGUGGUCUCACACACAGGGUGGCUUUAGGAUGGAGACGAGCCAGCUUUUCUUGUGAUCUGUCAUCCUCUUUAUCUGUUAGAGAAAAGGAGCGGCGGGGAAAUGACCAAUUUCGUGCAAUUUGUUUUUUUCCAGGACCACACUACAUUCCAACCUUCCUUAAACAUGGUUUUAAUAUGCUUAUGGGUAUAGAUAAAUAUAAUUAUAUACAGUAUCUAUGUUUGUUAAUGUUUACAGACAGAUUCUCUCACUUCAUCUCAGUGAGUGGUGUAUUAUGUUUGUUUAGGUGUUGAACAUUACGCAGACCUCCUUGUGAAAAUAGUCCUAUUAAGGUGAAAUAUAAUGGUAUAUAGUGAAAUGGUAUGACAUUUCAGAAGUUCUUGUGAUUUUCAUAUUGCCAGUCUCACUCGCCAUUGUGUACAUAAUUGGCUCACAAUAUUGUAAAAUACUAAAAAGAUCAGGAGGGGGCGGAGCCUCACCUCUCUGAUUGUUCUUGGAAGAUGGAAAAGCUUUUUCUUUUUUCUU